ACGAUCAUAUCAUCAGCAUCUUAAUCACAAAUCAACCAUGCCUUUCAACGUUGUACAUCAGUGACAUGAUUAUUUGAAUCACGCACGAGAGGAUCACAAAAACGUACCGAUCCAAAUCCUCAAUAGUUCGCCAAUCAAACAGCUACACCUAAUCGUUACAAAUUCCGCCAAAAACGAAAUUUGAAAUUGAAAAUUUGAGCACAUCAACUCCAGCCCUCUUUAUAAACAGACUACCCACAUUCCCUCUCAAUCUUUAUCCAAAAUUCUCCCAAUUGUUGAUGAAAGAAGCCAUGGCUCCUGCAAGAAAGAAGACUGUUAGUCCUCCUCCUUCAACCCUCCAUCCGCCCUACUUGCAGAUGAUAACAAAAGCGAUCACUUCGCUGAAGGAUCGGACGGGUUCGAGCCAACCGGCGAUAGCCAAAUUCAUGGAGGAGAAACACCAUAAGGGGCUUCCAACAAAUUUCAGGAAGAUAUUGUCAGCUCAGUUGAAGAAGUUGGUGAAAUCUGAGAAAUUAGUGAAAAUCAACAACUCUUACAAGGUCUCUGCUUCAGAGAAGGUGAAAAUGGUGUCUGAUACUAUCAAAGGAUCGCAAAAGAAGAGCGAUCUCAAGAAGGGCGUGAAGGCGAAGAGCAACGUGAGUCCUAAGAAGGGCGAGAAGAGAAAGAGGUUAAGUGAGGUCAAGACUCCAGAGGCUUUGAAGAAGAAGAAAUCAAUGGCUGACAAAAGCUCUAAAAAAGUGGUGACCAAUGGGAAGAUGAAGCGAUUGAGUCAAGUUAAGACACCAGAAGGUUUGAACAAAAAGAGGGCUUCGAGACGAUGAGAACCAAUGCUAGUAGUAGUUUGUCAAGAAGAAAAACAUUUAAAUGCUACAAUUUUUAAGUCUCUUCUUGUGUUUUGUUUUCUUAGUCAUACUAAGACUGUAUUAUGAACUUUUGUGUUUUUUUCUUUACCCCCAAAAAAAUUUGUUGUUGUUGGUUUUCAUGUGUAGUGUUGUUCAGUUUGACUCAGUGACCAACCACUUUUCACUGGAAUGAAACUUUGAAGUUUAAUUCGGUGCAAAUUAGAUUUUAAAGCACUUUCACUACUAGUGCUCCUAUCACGUGUGUGUGUGUAAUGUGUAUUCUGUUUUAGAAAGCAUACUAGACCAAUGGACCAACUGCAAUGCUGAAAAGCCUGGACUUGAAACUAUGCAGCCCACAAUGGCCCAAUGUGUUUGGUAAGAUCGUUUUGUUCUGACUCUGGGUCCCAAGCCCAAGAGGGAAAGUUAACAGGGAAGUGCAAUGGACAAAAGUUGGUUUGCUUUGUUCAACCCCAAAACAAGGUGCGUGGAUUUCAACGCAUUAUGGAACUGUAAUGACUCGCCUUUUGAAUGAAUUACAAAAAUAAUUAUUAGUAUUAUAAAUAAAUAAAAUUUCUUCUUUCUUUUUUUUUCUUUUCUUUUUUCUUUUUCAUCCAAUGGUAUGUACUGAUUCUUUAAUUUGCACUUUCUUUUUUAAAUAUCACACUUAUUUAUUCAUUUAUUUAUUGGGCCUACACCAACAUCCUCUAGCGCUCCACUCUUUUAGCUCCCAUCUUUUAUUUUCCUAAAGUAAAUUACAAAAAGUCCUUCCAUCACACAAUACUUCCACCCUUCUAUUUUCCCAAAAUAAAAGUAAAAAAAAGUCCUUCCAUCACACAAUACUUUCACCCUUCUAUUUUCCCAAAAUAAAAUUACAAAAAAGUA